AUGGACUGCCUGGAGGAGGGCGCGGCAGCAGUUCAGGCAGAGCCGGAAGGCGACGCCGUCCUGGAGCUCGGAGAAAAGCUGUUCCCGGUCAACCGGUGGGCCCUGGCUGGCCACAGCCGCUACUUCGAGGCCAUGUUCUUUGGGGGCACCCGGGAGCGCACCCAAAGGCACAUCCGGAUCAGGGGGGUCGAGGCGGGGCCAUUCCAGGCCCUCCUGGACUUCACCCAGACGGGCCGCCUCCACGUCACGCGGGACAAUGUCACCGGCCUCCUCGAGGCGGCUGACUUCCUCCAGUUCGACGGUGCCAAGAGGCGGUGCGAGGCCUUCUUGGAGAGGGAGCUCCACGUCUCCAACUGCUUCGGCCUGCUGGCCUACGCCCAGCACUUCGCCUGCGUGGAGCUCCGUUCUGCGGCCCUCUGCGUGGCGCUGACCCACUGGGCCGACGUGGCGGCCCACGAGGAGUUCGAGGAGCUCCCCAAGGAGACGCUGCUCAGGCUGCUGCGGAGCGACGAGCUCUUUGUGGGCCGAGAGGAUGUGGUCUUCGAGGCGGUGAUGCGGUGGGUGGCCGCGGACCCGGCCGGCCGGGAGCAGGACUUCCUGGAGCUGGUGGGCCAGGUGCGCGUCCCCUUCCUGAGCCUCUCCUUCCUGGACCGCCUGGUAAAACGCAGCCAGCGCCCCGGCGAGGACCUCUCGGCGCGGCUGCUGAGGAAGCUGGACAGCUGCCCGCCGCCCAGCUGGAGGGACGUGGCGCGCUCGCCCUGCCCUGGCCGCAGCUACGACACCCUCUACGUGCUAGCCGGGAAGCACGACCAAGACCAGCAGGAGCUCUUCCAGUUCCAGCCCAAGGCCGGCACCUGGCAGCCCUGCGCCCCGCUCAAGCGCAGGAACCUCACCCAGUAUGCGGUGGCCGCAGUAGGCAACUUCCUCUUUGUGACGGGCGGAUCCUUCCGGGAAGAGUUCUCCUGGUCCAACGUGGCCUGGGUCUUGAUCUACAACAGCUGGGAGGACAGCUGGCUGGAAGGCCCCGCCAUGAGGAAGGCCCGCAACAGCCACUGCGCCGUGGCCGUGGGCUUCCACCUGUACGUGAUGGGCGGCAGCACCGAAGAGGGCAUCACGCCCACGGUGGAGCGCCUGGCGCCCAUGGAUGCCGCCUGGGAGAGCACCACGCCCCUGGUGCACCCCGUGGAACGAGCCGGGGCCGUCAGCGUGGGGACCCGGAUCUACGUGGUCUGCGGCCUGGACGAGAACGGGGACGUGUGCCGGGCAGUGCAGCGGCUGGACGUGGAACGCGACGUGUGGGACGUCAUUUCUUUCUCCCCACUUCCUCGGUACGACCUCUGUGUCACUGCGCUGAAUGGCGCCAUUUACACCCUUGGAGGGGGGGCCUUCCGCUUCGACAUAGACACAGGCAAGUGGACGCCGGUGGACGAGGCGUGCUUGGCCCGGAAGUUCUUCCAGGGCUGCGGCACGGCCAACGGGCGGAUUUACCUCCUGGCGCAGAGGCAAGGGACCGGGGCCAUCCCAACCAUGGUGGUCUUGGACCCCUACCUGGACUUGUGCCAGGAGGGGGACCACAAACUCCCCUGCCCCCUGCCCAUUCAUGCGGCCGCCUCCAUACGGAGAUUUGACACAUGAGAUUUGCCCAGUUGCUUCUGGAAGAGACAUGCUGAUGAAGGUUGACUCCAUCACUGCAAACUUUGCAAGAGUCCAGUCGCGUUGAAUAUCUGCAGACAACCAAGCCUUCAGCUGGAGAAGUGGGCACAACCCUUUCUUUGGACUCUAGUGAGGGCAAAAGAAGGGGCCCUGCCUGCCUGCCUGCCUGCCUCUGGAUGUAUAUCAUUUUAGUAA